UUUGCAGUACUCGGGCAAUUGGCUGGUUAAAGGCUGGGGUUCUCUCGACCAAUCAGCUUCAAGCUACCAUUUUGGCUCCUGCUAUUAGAAAGCUGAACGGAGACAUCCUUCAGCAGAAAGUAAAAGGAGAGGCCAACUGUUCAGGCAGCCAUUUUUCUGCAAUGGAAGCGAAUGGCCAAUAUGUUGUUUUUUUUUCCUUUGUUCCAAAAAAAAAAAAAAAAGGGAUCUUAUACCUGACUUCAGCAUCUCUUUAUGGACUUUUUAUCAAUGUGUCAUAAUGUUUGUCAUCAUUUUCAGGAUUUUCUGAAGAAUGAAGAUAGAAAUGUGUGGAUUAUAUCCCAUUUUUUGUUAUUUGGAAUCCAUCUUUGUCAUAACUAGGUCAUGGCACACCCUUAUGUCAGUAAUCAUUUUGAACUCAAUCUAUUAAAUAAACAGCUUCUUUUUAGUGUUUGAACUGCUUAAUAUAUAUUUUAAAUGAAAAGUACUACAAAGAUAUUAAAAGUAUAUUUUAUAUAUUUUCUGAAAUGUACACUUCAGAAAGGCCAUGCAAGUACUAAUGCAUUUUUUUGUAUGCUAAUGUUAUCUCUAAAAAAAAAUAAUGUAAGUAAAUUUUGAAAUAGAAUUUUCCUAGAAUAUAAUUGUACAGAUUUAAUGUAUUAUGUGGGAUAUUUCUUUACUUGCAUGUAGUCUUGCCUAACUGUUACUUUAAAAUAGAAACAUGGAUGUUAGCUUCUACAUUUUAAUAUGACGACAACAGGCCAAAUUUAAAAUUCUAAAUACAUAUAAGCCUGUACCAGUUGAUUUGGAUCUUUUUUUUUUUUUUUUGGUCAGAAUGGAAGCUUUUUGACUGUCCUGCCCCCUUAUUUAAAAAAAAAAAUAAAUAGUAUGUGGGGAAAGAAAAAUUUGUUAGGCAAAUUGUGUGGCCAGUAAAGCAAAAGAACCUGAAGUGGGUGUAAUACGACUUCCAAAUUGUAACAGAUCAUCUUUGGGACAUGGCUUUUCUUGUUUCAGGGUUCAGCUGUAUGGUAUGCUGAAAAAAGCAAGAUUGAAAGGCAUCCCUGGAAUUAGUGCAUUUGAUUGAGACUAAAUGAAAGUCGUCUCUUACUAUAUAAAAAAAGGUUUUAUCCUCACAAAAGCGUUAGCCUGACUUGAGCUGUCAGCAUGACGCAGAAUGGAACGGUGGCAGCCAAUGGGACAGAUAAAGUCCAAACGGAGCUGAAAAUCGUAAUUGUUGGGGAUGGAGGCUGUGGGAAGACCUCAUUGCUUAUGGUCUACGCUAAAGGUGACUUUCCAGAGAAAUAUGCACCCUCUGUUUUUGAAAAAUAUGUUACGAAGAUUAAGGUCGGCAGCAAAGAAAUCAACUUGAACCUGUAUGACACAGCAGGUCAGGAGGAUUAUGACAGACUCCGGCCACUGUCUUACCAAAACGCCAAUUUGGUUAUGGUGUGCUAUGAUGUUACUAACCCUACCAGCUUUGAUAACAUCCUUAUAAAGUGGUAUCCGGAAGUGAAUCACUUCUGUCGUGGCGUUCCAAUCAUUCUCAUUGGGUGCAAGACAGAUCUUCGAAAGGAUAAGGAGCGUCUGCGCAAACUUAAAACUCUGGAACAAGAACCCAUCACUUAUUUACAAGGUGAGGAAACCAGAAAGAAGAUCAAUGCAGAGAUGUAUUUGGAGUGCUCAGCCAAAUUUAGAGAAAAUGUUGAGGACAUUUUUCAAGAAGCAACUAAAACUGCACUUUAUGUUUUGAAGAAAUCAAAAAGUAACAGAAAUAAGAGGAAGUGUGUCAUAUUGUGAUGCACAUGUGGUCCUUGGCAAAUUGACUUCUAAUAGCUGUUUUCAAAAGAUAUGCUUAAAAGAGAGGGGAAAAAAAGACUACCCUGCAAAAAAAAAGCUAACUUCAUUAGCUCUGUUCUUGUGAUCCUUUCUACAUGUAAGAGAUGGGGCUGGCAUGCUUGGCUGAGCAGCAUUUACACAGAAAGUACAACAGAAAUGCUAGAAGUAUGAGGUCAUUCAUCUGCAAGCUCCCCAUCCUUGUGUUGCAUUUCGCCUUCCUUGAAUUGUUUACCACUGCUUUAGUUUACAUCAAAGAAAUCUCAGGAGUGUCAUUUGAGCUAAACAUCUCAAACAUCCACAAAGUUAAUUUGCCUCCACCAAAGCUUCAAAAACUGCAAAGCCAUGGAUCUAUGUGUCUUUUUAGGUGACUUUCCAUGGUCCAGUCAUGGCCAGUUCAUUUUUCAGCUGCUUUUGUAAAGAUGAAAAUGGGAAUGCAAGACGGUAUCAGACACUUUAGUUUAAAAUUGGAAAUGACAAGCUUGAUUACCUCCUAACUCCACAAUUGAGAUAUGAAAGUCACAAUUCUUAUUUCUAAUAUGAGACUCAAUUACAAUGGAUCCAAAGAAAACUACUUUUUCCCAUACAGUUAACCAAUAUAAAAGAUCAAUAUUGUAUUUCCUUCGUGCGGACCCCAGUAAUUAAUUUUUCACUAAUUUGUAAGCCCCAUUUCCUAAUAAUUGUAAUUUGCAAACAUUUAAACAGUUAUUAUAUUUUGUAAAAAGAAGAAAAAAAAAUUCAGAAAUGUCAAGAAUUUUAACCUAUUUAUGGGAAGGGUAUGGGAGUUUUUACUCAUUGAUCAUUGCAUUUAUAGGAAAGUGUCUAAAAUAACAUUUUAAAAUAAAGAUUUUGCUCUCCUAUAACCA